CUUUUACCCGUCCAUUCACCCGCUGGAUAUCUUCACGGCGGGUUUUGCCGUUCCGUCAACAUGCGGCCGAGAAACGCAGAGUCGCACAAGCUGGUGCACGUGCUAGAUCGUAUUUACGAAACGCCCGAGCGGGUGUACUACUACAGGCCCGGGCAUAGUCGGCACGAACAUCGCUCGAGAAAGCAACAGCAGCAGUCGGCCAGCAACGGUCAGCGUAGCGGCGGCGGCGAGGCCGGAGGUGCGGGCGCGGCAGCCUCCUCCAAGGCUGCCACUGAGUCUGCGGCCAUGAAGGCGCUCUUCUACCUGCUGCUCUUCCUGGCCGAGGUGCUGCUGUUCGGCACCAUCACGCUGCUCAUCUACUGGAUCUUCAACUACCAGGGGGGCGUCGCGUGGGCCAACGACAUCAAGAAGCAGUUCAACCUCCACUACAUCCUCAUGACCGGGGGUUUCAUCUUCCUCAACGGACACGCAAUGCUGGUGUACCGCAGCUUCACGUGCUGCAAGAAGAUCUACAACAAGCUUCUGCACACAAUCUUCUUCGUUCUGUCCAUAUCGGCCAUCACCAUCGGCAUAGUGUCUGCCUUCAUGGCGCACAACAGCAAAGCUGACCCGAAGCACUUCUACAGUUUGCACUCGUGGAUCGGCCUCGGAACUAUGGGACUCUUCGCUUUUUCAUCGUAGGGUUUGUGUCAUUCCUGGUAUUGCUGUGUUGCGACAAGGCCACCGUCACCUACCGGCAACGCCUGGUGCCGAUUCACACCAAUUUUGGCCUCAUCAUCUUCAGCAUGGCAGCAGCCACCUGUGUCACGGGGCUCAUGCAGACUGCCAAGGGCCGGUUCAAUGGCGCCAAUGGAGCACCUAACUACCCAGACCUUCCCGAAGAGGGAAUCUUCGUAAACACCAUUGCCAUCGCCAUCAUUGCACUGACAAUCCUCCUCCCACUGCUGGUCAGAAACAACCUCCGCGGUGGACAGGCCGUGUUCUCGGUCAACUAGUGCGGCACAGUGUGCUCCCUGUUAAGACGGAGCCCCACGUUGCCACGAGAAAAGGCGUUUAGCGACACUGCUGGAAAAUGAUCUUUUUACGAGACUUCCGAGGGGGUGUAACGGCUGCACGGACCAAGUUGGCUGUACAGCAGUGGCAGUCUGCCCGUGUCUUGAGCACACCGCUGAUGUGCAUUACCUGGCCACCCUCCCCGGGUACAGCACGACAUGUGGUGCAAGAAAGAUCAGUUUUUAGCGUUAUUGUCGCAGGUACGACAGAACAAUUUUCUUUUUACUUCUCUGCGUGGGGGUCAGGGGUGGGAAGAAAUAGCUGCGCAGCUGUACUUUUUAUUGUGCAUGUUUUGUUCGGAACAGACUUCCAUGUCUUCUGUUUGGUAUUUGUUCAAUGUGGUCACGGUUUGUUCAGGCCAAUUUUUUUUUUAUUAUUCGACAUACUCAGAGCGAUCGGGGAGGGUGGGUACCUGUCACUCGAUGUGUUUCCUUUGCCUGUAAGUCAUCACUUUGAUACUGUGAAAUUAAAUUCAAGGCAAGCUGGGUUUUUGUAUCUUGUGGCAAAACGGGAGCCUACAGCUUAAAGAGAUGCCGCAUGAAACUGCCAUCGGGGAAAAACCUUUUCCCGACUGACAUGCCGAGUGCUAUAAUAAACAGUGUUGUCGCAUUUUUUUUUUACUCAUUUCAUGUGUAAACAUGCCCUCAUAAUGCUCAUCUUCAGUUAAAACUUAUCUCAAGACCCGUCUGUUAGUGGUUUCGCAAUAUGAUGGCAAAGUGCAUUUCGUUCCCAAUUCGGAUUCUGGAAUAUCUUUUUCUGGAAGCACUCAAGUACAGUCUAGUUGCAACAUUGCUGCAGCAAGCUCUGCAACUACUAAAGCUAUUUAAAAUGCAAAAGUGGGUCAGUCCGCAAUGCAAGACCAUCCUUUGCGAAACUGUCGAGGAUAGAGGUCUUGUAUCAUUGUCAUGCUGUAGCAGUAUUUGGUUCUGUUAAUGUGAAACCAUCCAAACUGCAUUUGCUGAAACCUACAAUGUUUCCCUGCCUAGGAAACUUUGCUUAUUGCAAGGUUGUUCUCCUAGGCACCUAUUUGUCUGAGCCAAGAGAAACUUGAAUAAACAGAUUUUUUA